AUGGAAAAUCAAAGAGAAGAGCUGGUAAACAAUGAAUUCUUGGAAACCACAUUUAGACCAAAAGAAUGGGUAAUUCAAAAGAUUGAAUCAAUGAUUGAAACUUUAUUAUUUGAUAUCGCAAAUAAACGUCCUCCCGUAAUCAAUUCCGUGUCAAAUAAGAAACGAAAAGAAUAUCAUUCUAGAUAUGAUUCCAAAAGUGGCAUUUUACGAAGAAAAAAUAAUGAUCUGAGUAAUAAACAAAUUCGAUUUUUAUCACCAAAAACUUCGAAAACCUUUGCCAUCAUGAUUCGUAUCCUUGAUAUUUGUCACGAACUUUUAGUUCAGAAUGCAACUGCUACCAAACGUGAUAUUUAUUAUAAAGAUGUUAAAUUAUUCGGUAAUCCGCAAACCGUUGAUCUGAUAAUAGAUGAAUUGGCGUGCCUUUUUCGAAUUCCAAGGUCCUGUUUAAAUGUUAUUGCUUCUUCUAAAGGAUUAGUGGCUGGUUCUUUGAAAUUGUUUCAAAACGAUAGAAUCGUAUUGGAUUGUUUACCGACCAAUGAUCAGGCUACAUUUCGAUAUUUAUUAUCGAGUAGAAUGUACAAACAAUUAGGACCCUGCAUUUUAAUUACCGGAAAAGGGUAUCCGGAUAUUGCCACGCGCCAAUUGGUUAAAAAAUUGGGUGACCUACGAAGACCGUAUGAAACGUACCCAUUUCUACAAAUAUUGGGAUUUUUCGAUAACGAUCCAUACGGAAUAGAAAUCCUUUGCGUCUAUAAAUUUGGAUCUUCGGCCAAAUCAUUUGAUAAUGAAAAUUUGGCAACCCCUAGUAUAAAAUGGCUCGGAUUGCGCUAUUCAGACCGAAAAAAGAUUCCGAGAAGUUCGUUAAUCAGAAUCACUACAGCUGAUAGAAAGAAGGCGUACCAUUUACUUCAGCGCGAUUAUCUUCAAGUCAAAUGGAGAGUCGAAAUUUGUCGUAUGUUGUAUAUUGGAUAUAAGGCCGAGAUACAAAGUUUGUGUGACGAAGAAAAUGGGAACUUACUGAAAUACCUAAAGUCAAAGAUGAGGUUACUUGUCACGCCUUUGCAUUGA